AUGGCAGAACAAAAGAAGCCGGUUACAGGCGACUACGACCUCUCAACCCCAAUCGACCCCAACUCGACCGGCCUCCGCCAGGGCCUCACCUCCUACGGCGACGCGCACUUCUCCCUCUUCCUGCGCAAGGUCUUCAUCAAGGCCCUCGGCUACAGCGAGGAUGCGCUCUCGCGCCCCAUCAUCGGCAUCGUCAACACAUAUUCGAGCUUCAACCCGUGCCACGCCAACGUGCCGCAGCUCAUCGAGGCCGUGAAGCGCGGCGUGCAGCUCAACGGCGGGCUGGCGAUCGACUUCCCGACGAUCAGCAUCGCGGAGAGCUUCGCGUCGCCGACGAGCAUGUAUCUUAGGAAUCUGAUGAGUAUGGACACCGAGGAGAUGAUCAAGGCGCAGCCGUGUGAUGCUGUGGUGUUGAUUGGAGGAUGUGACAAGACGACACCGGCUCAGUUGAUGGGUGGUAUCUCUGCGAAUAAGCCCAUCUUGCAUCUGGUAACAGGGCCAAUGAUGCCGGGCAGCCACAAGGGUGUAAGAAUCGGCGCAUGCACAGAUUGCCGCAACAACUGGGCAGCAUACAGAGCCGGAAAGAUUGAUAUCGAAGACAUCUCCGCCAUCAAUGACGAGCUUGCACCAACGGGAGGAACAUGCGGCGUCAUGGGCACCGCCUCAACCAUGGCCUGCAUCCUAGUCGGCCUCGGCAUGAUGCCCUUCGCCGGCGCCACCGCGCCCGCCGUCUCCUCCGCCCGCCUCCGCAUCGCCGAGCAAACAGGCGCCCUCGCCGUCGCCCUGCACACCAAGCGCCUCAAGCCCCAGGACCUCCUCACGCGCGAGUCCUUCCUCAACGCCAUCACCGUCCUCCAGGCCAUCGGCGGCUCCACCAACGCCGUCGUCCACCUCAUGGCCAUCAUCGGCCGCCACCCGGCCGUCGCCGGCACCAUCACGCUCGACACCUUCGACGAGAUCGGCCGCAAGACGCCCCUGAUCGUCGACCUGAAGCCCAGCGGCGACAACUACAUGACCGACUUCCACAACAGCGGCGGCAUGCUCGCGCUGCUGCACGAGAUCAAGGACCUGUUGUACCUGGACGCGAUGACGGUCACGGGCAGGACGCUCGGCGAGGAGCUCGCGAGCACGCCCUUCAUCCCCGUGCCGCGAGACAGCUUGGUCAACUGCCUGCAGCCGUUCAACGAGCCGCUGUACCCGGCGUCUGCGCUCGCUGUGCUCCGGGGCAACAUCGCCCCUGGCGGCGCGGUAAUCAAGCAGAGCGCGUCAAAGUACCGGCAUCUGCUGAAGCACUCUGGCCCCGCGGUCGUGUUCGCUGGGUCCGCGGAUAUGGCGCUUCGGAUUGACGAUCCGGACUUGGACGUUACGCCGGAUAGUGUGCUUGUUUUGCAAAAUAUCGGUCCGGUUGGAAACCCGGGCAUGCCGGAAGCAGGUCUGAUCCCGAUUCCUCGGAAACUCGCCGCGCAGGGUGUGCAGGAUAUGUUGCGUCUCUCGGACGGCAGGAUGAGCGGUACCGCUGGCGGGACCAUCGUCCUGCACAUCUCUCCCGAGGCAGCUGAUCCCGAGUCGGUGUUAGGGAUUGUGAGGGACGGCGACAUCAUCACGUUUGACGCAGAGCAGCGUGUGAUCAGGGUCGAAAUCUCAGAUGAAGAGAUCAAGAAGAGGAUAGCCGAGAAGCUCCAGGUCCUAGAGCAGGAGGAGGCAAAUGGUGGGAGUAACGCGCCUUGGAUCGCGAAGAAGCGAAUCAGGGGUUACCGCGGCUUGUACUUGCGCGAAGUUAAUCAGGCUGAGGGCGGCGGAGACUUUGACUUCCUAACGGCUCGCGGUCCAUCACGAGGGUUAUGA